AUGGCCACUUACGAAAAUUGGUCAGGUCGACGGAAAGGUAAACAUGGUGGAGAAUUAUAUAGGUUAGACACUAAAAAUAAAACACCAGAGGAAAAUAUCAAAGAAAUCUUACAAGGCUUAUACAUAAAGAAAUCAUUCCAUAAUGAUACUUCACCUACUAAUAAAAAUUUACCUACAGAAUUGAGGACAGGGUUUCGGAAUGUGCAAAAAAACAGUUCUGAUUCUUAUAGACUUUCCUGUUUAAAUGCUUUAGUGAUUCUUCUAUCUAAAGAAGAUAGAAAUAAUUUAGGAUUUACUAGUGAUGAACUUAUGACUUGUAUCCGCAUAAGUCUUGUAGAUGAGUCUAUGGUUAUCAGAGCUGCAGCCCUGAGAGUUCUCCGUUAUUUAAUAAAAACUGAGAGUGAUGUUUCCUCAUUCAACAUAUUGAAAUUGCCACAUAUUGUGACAAGGUCUAUGGACUUAAUGUUAAGGAAUGAGGAAGAAAGAGCUCAGGCGCUGCGAGUAGUUCGAAGGGUGAUUGCUGUAGUGGGUGCAAUUGAGCAACCAUUAAAGUGUCAUAGGGCAGCCUUUAUUGAUCAAGGUUUUCUUCGAUGUCUAACGGCAGUCGCUCGUGCAGGUAGUGCUGGUGAUGGAACUGGUGACAGACUCUCCAGACCUGCUAUUGCCACUUUAGCAGAAAUUUGUGUAUUAAAUCCUGACUUGUUCAUCUCAUGUGGUGGUGUUAACGCAGUGACCCGACAGUUAGCAGAAUGUGCCACCCCACGUAUGGCUGAAGCAUUGUGUGGAGUUUUACUGCACACUUUGAAUGAACCGAGUUCACGUCGGGCCGCAAGAAUCGAUUUGACAUGUCUCAAUUCACCAUAUUGUGAUUUCCAUUUUCGCCCAGCUGGCACCGAUACAAACAGAGACGAACGCGAGAUGCGGUUCACGUGCAGCAGACUCGCGCUACUGUGUGUCCUGCGCAGUUGGCCGGGCUUGCUCCACUUCUGCCACCCGUGCAGCAAAGGCGGCUUGCGAGCUUUGGUUGCUGCACUUUAUUUGCCGCGGCUAGAAGUCCGAAAAGCCAUAUUGGAUUUGCUGUAUGAAUUAGUUGGAUUACCACAACCUGAGUGGACGGAUGAGAUUUCCGUCGCUUUGGACGCCGUGGAUCCGUCUGAUUUCCAGGACUCAUGGCGAUUGAACGAAGGCUUUGUGGCAGCAGAAGGCACUUCCAUUCUACCUCACCUAAGCGUGACCGGGCCUGAUAUUAUUGAAAUUCACCUUGCCCUGUUACUUCAGUGUUUCCUAGAGGCUGGAUUGCUGGACGGAUUGGCUGAAGUGAUCGUGACAAGUGAUACAUUUAUAUCGGUUCGUGCCACUGUAUUAUUAGGUCAACUAUUGCAUUUAAUACACUUGUUUCUACCUCCUCAAAUUUGUAAUAUAUCGCCCACGUUGCCCUCGCUGAUGUCCCAAGCAUCUGCAGGAAAACCUCAGGCUCUAGCGGCUGUCGCAGCUCUGCGAAGACUGCAUUCUAUGCUAGAGGCCCGUCCAGCCAGCAACAGUUUGUUCCUAGACCACAUCAUACAAUAUUGUAGUGGUGCAUUUAGACUUAAAAUAGAGGAUACGACGAAAAGCAGGAAGGAGAAGGACAAUGCCAGCAUGGCAAAACCAUACCACGAGCUUCUAGUGCAUAAAGAAAGCAGUGCCGAGUUCCUAAACGAGUCCGACAACGAGAACGAACCAAAGCAAAGGCAUAGCGUGGGUUCACGUGCCGAUGUUGGAAACAGGAAUGUUAGUGCGUUAGUAAAGAGCAAAAGUGUCAGUUCUCGAACUGGUUCCGCCGUGAGUAAAGUGUCAAAGUCGGCAAAGUUCUUCAGUCUGUUCGAACGCGACAGCGAUAGUUGGAUCCGAUCGACUUUAGUUAUGCAAAGUAAGGAUGGAAAUACUUGGGAUUGGGAAAUCAUACGAACGAUAUUAAAGGAAUCAGAUGGGUCGCCUUUAUUAAAUUUGAAUGAUAGUGGGCAUAAAGCUUGGGCGAGUCGCAUCAUUAGCUACCUGAAACCUUCUUCUAAUAAGUACUCCCAUACAGACCUUUCGACUACUUGUAAUGGGCAUACUGCUACGAGGGCUGGUUGCCAGUUAAUAAGGCAUUUGUUACUACAUAAUGAUACUGAUUCACAGAAAAUGUUAGAAGACUUAUUCAUGGAUGUAAGCCGUCAAAUCGAAGCUAUUGAAACAGGUCGAAAGGCUCACGAAUGUCUUUUUAGCCCACAACAUAUGUGCAACACGAUGUGCCAAAUGUAUUUCCUGUUCAUUGGACAACUAUGCCAUUCACAUGCUGGCUUGAAGUUGUUUAAUCAAACCGGUCUUUAUGAUAAUCUUCUGGAGUUAUCAACAAAGACUCACCACAGUUGUUAUGUAAAGCUGGUUAUAUCAAGUCUAGAUUACACGCUGAACUCAAGCCCACGUGAUAUUCUAUCUAAAACACUAACUUGCAACAUACAAGCAUCAAGACUCUAUGCAACUCAAUUUUUAAACGUUCUUUUACGAGCGUCCAGAAACUCUCGUGAACUGGUUCGAAAGAAAUCUAAACUUAAAAAGAAUUAUACUCAAGACCAAUGGAAGCAUUUUUGUAGAGAUGACGGCGACAGUGUCAACGAAGUGGAUAUGGACACGUGGAUACUGCAAAUGUUGGUUGGGCAAGUCAAAGAUGAAUCUAAAAAAGUCGUUAAAUGCGCUUUAUCAAUUUUGGAAGAAGCUUAUAGCGUGCCAGCAUUCCUAGAAAAACUAACGACAAUGAAGGACACGCUGGGUCUGAAUUGCCGACUAGAUAAGAACGCAGAGCCGUCAACGUUAGACUUUAGCGCUGUUGGUGAUAGAGGCUAUCUAUUGUGGUUGGGGCUUGAAGUUGCCGCAGCCGCUCAAACAAAUGAUACCAAAUCGAUAGCAUUCCUUAAGAAACAUUUGGAUUUCUGGACCAAAUCCUAUAAUUACCGGUACGUGCGAUUGGUGGAGGCGGGCGUACACGAUGCACUGACGCUGUGUGAAGGCGCGCGGAGGCCACGAGCUUCGCGCCGCUCCGCCCGCCCGCCGCCGCACUUGCUGACCGCACUCGCCGCGCUUGCCGCGCCCGCCUCCGCCUCAGCCUCCACUCCCGCCCCAGCCUCCGCGCCAGUCAGUGUGCACGCGCGCGCAUUACUCGCUGCCGCGCUUCCCGCACACUUUAAGAUAUUACAAGGAAAAAAGUGCGAAACAGAACAAGAGAUCAUGGACUUGAAAACGUCUCUCUGGACUGUUGGUAACACUGCGCUGACUAACCAGGGAUUACAGCAGCUGAUGAGCCUAAGCAACGGUUUCUUGGAAGAUUCCGUGCUCGUUAAUAUCGUGGGGCUAGCUAAAUACAGUCCAGUAUAUUCAGUGCGCGCCACGGCUUUCUACGUGUUAGGUCUUAUUGGCAGCACUUAUGAGGGAGCUAAUCUGCUGGCUGAUCUAGGUUGGUUGUGCGUGAGGCAUACUCGACAAGAUCAAUUUCCAAUAAUACCGGAUGAAACAUAUCCACCACUAUAUACUCCUACCAAAAACCUAAACUAUUACAUUACAUCCCCGGAACGACGUUAUAAUGCGUUCGAUAUGGACCUAAGCGAGCACUCUGAUCACACCGACCAAAGUACGGUUGAAAGCGUGCAUUCGGAGGUUACGAAACACGCAAACAAAAUGCUAGUUGACCAAGAUGUCGUGGACCAUAAAAUAAGUUAUGUUGAAAAUCGUCGUGAAGCUGAUAAGAGAAAAUCUCAUACAUUACCAACUCAGGGCUGUUCGAGCUCUCACGAUCGGCCCGUUUUGACUGAAUCGAGGACAGUGGAUAUAUUACGGGACUAUUCGAGCUACGACCGCCCUGGUCCGCAUCGGUUGCAUAUUGAGAAUAGACUACUAUUAGGCAGGAUGAAUUCGUUUGAUCAUGCCCACGAGGGUAGAGUUAGAAACACCAGUGAAUCAAGCACUAGUGGUGUGAGCAGUUGUGACUCUGUGCUUGGAAAAUACGCCAUUCCUGACAGAAUAUUGACACUUAGUCCUAUACCAAGUUCUUCAAGUUUGUACGGCAUGAAAGGCAGCAGUAGUUCUCAAAGGCCCAGGUUGCCUGAGUCACAACGCCGAACUUCCACUUCAAGUUUCUCAGCUUCUGAAGUGGCCAGUUCACCCCCUACACAGAUGGACAUGUCUGGUUAUGCUACGCUUAAGUCAAUAAACAAGCACAGAAGACCUCAUUUGUCAGAGAGUGCGGCCUCGGGAUCCAGCGAAAUGGACGAUUUGAAUUGGAUACUUUCAGACUCAAGUCGUCGCUCUAAAGCAUUCUCAUCUUUACGCGACAGAGCUAAGUCUACAAGGGAGAGGAUGACUAAGUUAAGCCUCUUGGAAUACGACUGGAAGCCGUUGCCGCUGUGGGAGGGUGCGCGGUCGUCGCCGCCUGCCGGGCGGGCGUCACAGUCCGUCACGUACUCCGCGCCCCCACCGCCCGCCGCCGGACACCUGCCCCACUCCGCACACACAUCGCAUCUACUGCACCCACCACCGUACAUUGGCAUUUGUUUGCCCAGGGACCUCAUGGAGUUGUUUCCGAGAGAGGAAGACGACAAAGAGGGUGGUGAAGCUAUUGAAAGCAGAAGUGCCCACUUUGUCCGGAGCCGAAUUAAUUUGUUUCCCGUCGAUUCGAGCAAUACCAGCACAGAAAACAAAUCAAGAACUACGCCCGAUCAUCAUGCUGUGUUAAAUAAAGAAUUCGCUGCCACAACACCAUCGACUUCGAUUACGCGAAUGUCAAGUGGAGCCAAUGUCACGACUGCAUCUAACAUUGUUACCGCAAACAGUAUCAGUGUCGUUGCCUCAGAAGAAACAAAUAAAAAUAUUCGACCUAAUGUUUGCAGUUCGAAGAUUGAUACUGGACAGAUAACCACAACUACAAACGACAACGGUUCUAUUAAAGGACCAACGGAUGUUAACGUCGUGACUUUCACAAAAAGUAUUGUCAGCAAUCUUCCAACAACAGCGAUUGUAAAUAGCAGUACCAAAGUCACAGCGACGGAUAGUACAUGUACAAAGGUAGUUAUGAUUUCACCUGAAAAUGCUGGUGCAAGAGCGACCGCGAUACCAUCAGAUAUAGCUGGAAUCAAAACUGCAAUGACACCGUCUGAGAAUACAGGAACAAAAGUUACGAUCAAUUCGUCAGCGGUCCCUUCUGAAUUGGGGACGUUGGCCGAACUGGACUUAAAAGUGAAUACUGGACUCGAAGGUCGUUGGCGACAUUCGACCAACGAUUGUAUAGCUUGCGUUCGAACUCGGCCUCCCUCCUCAUAUGAGCUACGAGAAGCAUUUUUCGCCGCUAUGGAAAGUCCCGGAGGAGGUGGGAACACAACAGAGCACCGAAGUGGAGCUGGCAGUCCAGUCAACGAAGUUAUGUCAUCGCCGCAGGCUGAAGUGUUGCAUCACGUGCACUUUAUGUCAAAUCCUAUACAUUUAAGACAGGCUCGUUCCACUCUGAUUUCACUGAAGCAACGCUAUCCUGAAGUGUUCCGCAGUCCGUGCGUGUACUCGGACGUGUGCGCUUUACUAGCGCGGGACACGUACAUGUUGUGCGCCCGCCGUUUCCUACAGGAACUUUUCCUAGACGUUAGCUUCGACUGUUUCAUGAACGAACCCGCCAAAGUACUGUCUCGACAUGGCACUGUACUAUCACCGACACCUAUAUAA